AUGACUCCACAGAGUGUUUUGAUGCACGAUCCAAAUGAUGGCGUUGACACACUCGCUUGCAGAGAUCAACCAUCACUGGUGAUCAUCUGCAGCAACAGCGGACUUCAGGCUGUUGGCAAUUGCAUCUAUCGCAUUCUCCAACUCCUUCAUCACUUCAACAUGUUUGGGCCUAUUCCAGUAUUCAACAGAAUCUUGUGGCAGGAUCUCUUCAGGGCCAAGAUCAUGUCCAUCAAGCCAGUACAUCGCAGAUCGGGUUUUGUACAGCAGCAUAUGUGUAAUGCAAGGGGUGUGAUUGAGGAAGACUCAGACAGUGCUAUUCAGCAUCUGGAAUGCCCUCUCCUUGGUGGAGGGGGCCUGGAUGUAGUGCCUGGCAGAGGGACCCUCUCAGGGUGCGAAGCGGGUGUUGUAAUGGGUCUAUCACCACUAGACUUGAGACAGAAGAGAGGGAGAGGGUUGGAGUGGUUGCAUGCACAGCUAACUAUACAGCUGGUCAUGGUAUCACGGAAGAAUCUGAAAAUGACAAAUAAGGAAAGAACAAUAAGAAAGGGAAACAUCGGGCUCUAG